AUGGCUUAUGGUUACAUGUUCUCGUUCCAUCCGUGGCGUUCAGCAAUAAAAGAAACAGAGUUUCCGUCUCACGCGGACGCAAUUGAGAAGCUGAAUUCCACACAAGCGGGAUUCAAAGUCCUGGAAGAGCGGCGAAGGACGGGAUACAAGGCCGAAUGCUCGGGCUUGGAACAGAUGCCAGAAUGGUUACGCCGUCUUGGUUACAAUGUCAGUGAUCUAAAUCGCUUGAAUAUUGUCCACGUCGCCGGUACAAAAGGCAAGGGUACCACGUGUGCCUUUGUGAGCUCAAUCCUGCUAGAAUAUCAGCGAACAGUUGGUGUCCCUCGCAAGAUCGGUCUUUAUACUUCACCACAUCUGGUGUCGGUGAGAGAGAGGAUAUGCAUCAAUUCACAGCCAAUUUCAGAGGAACUGUUCGCCAGAUAUUUUUUUGCAGUGUGGGAUGCCCUAGAGUCGUCUGCUAUCAAGGAGGAGCUUGAUCCGGCCCAAAAGCCUGGCUACUUCCGAUUCUUGACUCUGAUGUCGUUCCAUGUCUUCCUAAGUGAGGGCGUGGAUGCCGCGAUCAUCGAGGUUGGAGUCGGAGGAGAAACUGAUGUGACCAAUGUCAUUCCACAACCAGUAGUGACUGGUAUCACUACGCUCGACAUCGAUCAUGUGAAAUCUGGAUCUUCGGCUUUUACGGUGUCUCAGGUGCCUGACGCAAGGGAAAUCCUCGAGCAAAGAGCGCAAGAGAAAAACGUCAAUCUCGGUACUGUGGAGAUUUGUUCGGCGCUUCGUCAUAUCAACAUCAAGCCCACCGAGGAUUUCCAAAAAGCAAAUGCUUCGCUCGCAAUCGUGCUUGCAUGUACCUUGCUGAAUAUAUUCGGGAUUGAAGCCAACACAAAAGGGACAAAUCUUCCCACGCAAUUCGUUCAGGGUCUCGAAAAAGUGGUGUGGAGAGGAAGGUGCGAAACCGUGGAUACUGGCCGCCAACAUUGGCAUCUGGAUGGCGCCCACACCGAACGUAGCCUGGAAGUAGCCUGUUCCUGGUUUGGACGAGGAUCCCAUGCAAAGGAUUCACCGCAUGUCCUCUUAUUCAACCAACAGUCACUGAGAGAUGCUGCCGAGCUUCUAAGAACCGUUCACCGGGUGAUAUACGAGAGUUGCAAGAUGACCUUCCAGUAUGCGUUGUUCUGCACCAACACUACAUACAAAGAUGACAAUCACAAAGCCGACCUUGUUAACCGGAAUGUCAACCCACAGGCUCUCAAGAGCUUGAGUUUGCAGGGGGAACUGGUGGAUGUCUGGCAUGGACUCGACUCUUCUACGGAAGUAGCAAAGGUCUUAUCAAUUGAAGAGGCCAUUGAAUACGUAAGGAACAUCAAGGGCGGCACACCAGAGACCGAGAUCCUAGUCACGGGAAGUUUCCUUCUGGUGGGGGGUGCCCUCAUGGUCUUGGAAGAUAAACAUGCUGUCCCACAGAUGGCCACAGCCCAGUAG